GGGAAUUUUGAACAAUUAGAAAAUUCAUUUUUUUUUUUUUGGAAUACUUUUUCAAAGUUAUAAAAUGAAUUUGUCAGUGACAAAGGUGUAGUCAACUUCAUUCUUGGCUCCAAUCAAACGCUUCACUUUACUUUCUCACACUCAUAAUGGCCUCGUUCUCGACUUUUCUCCACUCAGCCACCUACUUACCUUCCCAUUCUGAAACCACACUCAAACCUCACUCCUCCGUCGUCUCCUUCACCGUCCGAUGCACCAUCUCCGCCACUCCUCCCUCUCCUCCACCUCCUAAACACCGCCGUUCCCCCGAUGAGAACAUCCGCGACGAAGCUCGUCGCCGUCCUCACCAACUCCAAAACCUCUCCGCACGCUACGUCCCUUUCGACGCUCCACCGUCUUCAACCGAAUCCUACUCCCUCGACGAGAUCGUCUACCGUUCACAAUCCGGUGGUCUCCUCGACGUCCAGCACGAUUUCGCCGCCUUGAAACGCUACGAUGGAGAGUUCUGGCGUAAACUCUUCGACUCUCGCGUCGGCAAAACCAAUUGGCCGUACGGAUCAGGCGUUUGGUCUAAGAAAGAGUGGGUUCUCCCCGAGAUCGACGAUGACGACAUCGUCUCUGCUUUCGAAGGCAACUCAAAUCUCUUCUGGGCUGAGCGAUUCGGUAAACAGUAUCUUCAGAUGAACGAUCUGUGGGUGAAACAUUGUGGAAUCAGCCACACUGGCUCCUUUAAAGAUCUAGGCAUGACUGUUCUUGUUUCCCAGGUGAAUCGUCUCCGGAAAAUGAACAAACCAGUCGUUGGAGUUGGAUGCGCUUCCACUGGAGAUACCUCCGCUGCUCUAUCCGCUUACUGUGCUGCCGCCGGAAUCCCGUCGAUCGUGUUCUUACCGGCGGACAAGAUCUCCAUGGCUCAGCUUGUUCAGCCGAUUGCAAACGGAGCGUUUGUGCUUAGUAUUGACACUGAUUUCGAUGGAUGUAUGCAUUUGAUCAGAGAAGUGACGGCAGAGCUUCCGAUUUACUUGGCGAACUCUCUCAACAGCCUCCGUCUCGAAGGACAAAAGACGGCGGCGAUUGAGAUAUUGCAGCAGUUCAACUGGGAAGUUCCUGACUGGGUCAUUGUUCCUGGAGGCAAUCUUGGUAACAUCUAUGCGUUUUACAAAGGGUUUCAUAUGUGUAAAGAGUUAGGUCUUGUUGAUAGAAUCCCUAGGCUUGUUUGUGCUCAAGCUGCUAACGCAAAUCCACUUUACUUGCACUACAAAUCUGGUUUUAAAGAAGAUUUCAAUCCGUUGAAAGCAAACACUACUUUUGCUUCUGCGAUUCAGAUCGGUGAUCCUGUUUCGAUUGAUAGAGCUGUGUAUGCGUUGAAGAAAUCUAAUGGAAUUGUUGAGGAAGCUACGGAGGAAGAGUUGAUGGAUGCAACAGCUCUUGCUGAUUCUACUGGGAUGUUUAUAUGCCCGCAUACAGGUGUGGCAUUGACGGCAUUGAUGAAGCUGAGGAAGUCUGGAGUUAUAGAAGCUAAUGAUCGGACUGUGGUGGUGAGUACAGCUCAUGGAUUGAAGUUUACAGAGAGUAAGAUUGAUUAUCAUUCCAAGAACAUAAAGGAGAUGGCUUGUAGAUUGGCAAAUCCACCAGUUAAGGUUAAAGCAAAGUUUGGUUCGGUUAUGGAUGUUCUCAAGGAGUAUCUUGCGAGCAAUGAAUCUAAGUGUUAAAUAAGCUUUGUUUUGUUUGUGUUUCUUAAGAAACCAUUAUUGUAUCUAGGGCAUCUAUCUUCAGGUCCUAUGAUAUUGUUGGCUUGUGUUAUUAGAGGAAGUAAUGAAAUUGCGUUUCUUUGGA